GGUGAUACGACAUGCGCUAAGCAUCGCGCGCUGCGCUGCAUAUGCCGUGCAGUAUCCCGUGUGUGAUAGUGAUGGUGUGAUGUUGCUAUUGUUAUCAGUAGCACCUGUAAUUUUGGUUGUAAAGUAGUGAAUGGAAGACAGCAUACAAGUUUAUUAGUUUGUCAAGCGUUUGCUUCAUCGUAUCGAAUGUGGCGGUCAGGCUUUAGAGGUUUUGUGCGGUGGGGACUGCGAAAGCAACGCAAACCCAAGUCGGAAGACUCUCCUGACAAGCAAGACACUCACAGAUUCGUUGUCCCGGCUACGAAUUUCGGCGCCAACAGACAGAACGAGCACGAUCGACGUAAAAGAGAAACUUGCCACGAGGACGGCCGCUUUUUUACGAACAGACCAGCAUGCAGCUUUGUGGAAACUGUCGGUUGGGUGGGGACGCUGCUUGCAGUGGGUCUCAACCUGCAGCUACAAAGUCGGCGGUGCCUGUGGGGCAACAAUCAAGCUGGCCAUCCCAUCGCCUGUGAUAAUGGAAACCCAGACAGCACUGCGCAACCUUGUUUCCGUGUGUGCCACCUUUUACGCAACUUCAUUUUUCGCCUUGUCAUUGCCUCUCCACAUCCUGUCUCAUCGAGCUCAAUUCUACCUCGAGAACAUCAGUCCUCUGUGGAUGUCGUGGAUCUGUCGUCAAAUGGUGACCGUGCUCUUGCAGAAGGAAGUUCUGAGCCACCACUGUCAUCUGCUGAAGCAAGUGAGCAGCUUGCCAGUGUGAUGAAAGAAUAUUUUGCCUGUCUUGAAGACCUCAAUGGUGCCAAAUUACUGCUGACCAAUGAGGCUGAAGCCCUAAUGAGCUUUGAGAAAGCACAAGCACUGGGUUCUGCCAGAGCGCACUACAACCUGGGAGUCUGUUAUGAAACUGGCAGGAGUGUCAACAAGGACUUGGACAAGGCAGUGAUGCACUACAAAGCAGCUGUCCUUGGCGGCCACCCACUGGCAACAUACAACCUGGGUGUAUUGUAUCUGAAAGGCCAUGGAAACUCUAACACUGGCCAGUCAUUGCUUGAGAAGGCCUCCAACCUGGGAGUCCCUCAGGCAAAGACAUUUGUUGCACAUAAAUACCUUGAAGAGGGAAACUUUGAUGAAGCCGUGCCAUUGCUGAAGGAAGCUGCAGCUGCCAAGGAUCCAGAUGCGCUGUUCUACUUGGGCGUGUGCUGUGAGAGAGGCCUUGCUGUUCCAAAGGACCAUACAGCAGCCAUAAAACACUAUUCACGAGCGGCUAGACAAAAUCAUGCCGGUGCUUUGGAUGCCUUAGCCGCCAUUCAGAGGAAGGCAGAACCAAGAGUGCCAGUGGAGCCUGUUUGCACCAGAGAGCCACCCGAAGACCCACCAUCAGUGAAGCAUGCGCACAGUUUUGGUGUGUCUGAAAUCUUGGCUUCCUCAUUGCCCAGUCUCACAUCUUGCAAACAGAGGCCGACUCCCCUACAUUCGAGCUGCAUUUCAGUCCAUACAGCCACAGGCUAGAAGAAUCCCGAGAUGCUCUCAUCAAGGAAGUUCUUGUAGAUGGCCAUGACUUUGGCC